CCGACUUAUGUCGGCAGAGCUACCAUCGUGAUGUUUUGAGAUAUUGAGUGUCGACAAAAGUGUUUGACCUGCAGCAACAUGGUGCGUCUAUCCACACCCGCGCUACUGAUAGGGGCGCUUUUGCUGCUGACGGCAACAUCCGACGCUACUUUUAAACUAGUGCUUUUCUACGAAAAGAACGAUGGGCUGCACCAAGAUAUAGUAUUCAACUACGCAGUAUCCAUGUUCAACAACUUACAUGUCUACGAGUUUCAAGCACAUCUUGAAGAUGUUACUGGAAUCGGCAGUUUCCAACUAAGUCAAAAAGCGUGCGCGCUGGCGGCGCAGGGCGCCGUGGCCUUCUUCGGGCCGCAGCAGCCGGCGCUGGCGGCCACCGUGGCGUCCGUGGCGAAGAGCUUGGAGAUCCCGCACUUGGUGACGACGCGCCAGGCCCCGCUGCCGCCCGGCAUGCACACCGCCCUGGCGGACGUGGUACGUGCGCUGGAGUGGCGCUCCUACACGGUGCUGUACGAGGACGAUGAGGCGCUAUCGAGACUGCAGGGCGUUCUGCAGGCGCGAGAUCCUUCACAGCUGCCCAUCAUGCUCCGCAAAAUGGACCCUGAGGGCGACGACAGGCCCACGCUGAAGAAAAUGAAGCACAACGCCGAGAUGCGCGUGGUGCUGGACUGCUCGCCGCAGCGCACAGUAGAGCUUCUGCGGCAGACGCGCGAACUGGGGAUGAUGGACGUGUACCACAGCUUCUUCCUCACCAACCUGGAUGCCCAUACGAUGGACCUGACAGAAUUUCGGCAGACCGGAGCGAACAUCACCGCGGUGCGCCUGCUCGACCCCAACGAGAACACCAUCAGGGACGCCAUCACUAUGUGGGACCAGUCAGAGCUGAUGAUGCGCGGCCGGCGCUUCCCUCUGACCGCCCGUUCUGUUCGGACGGAGACGGCGUUGAUGUACGAUGCCGCGCUCUUCUACCACCACUCGCUGGUGAAGCUGAACGCCAGCAACUCGGAGCAGCUGCUGUCGGCGGAGCCGGCGGAGUGCCGCCUCCCCUUGCGGCGCUACAGCCCCGGCCUCCACGGCCGCCGCAAGGACUUCUCGCUGCAGGUGGUCGAGCUGUCCAAGGAGGGCUUCAACGAGACGGGCAAGUGGGAGUUGGGCGGCUACUACACCACCCGCUCCUCGCAGGACCUCGACUCGCAGAUCACCGAGUCGCUGCAGAGCAAGCUCAUCAUCGUCUCCUCGCGCAUUCCCCGCGACCCGACGGCGCGCGGCAACGACCAGUUCGAGGGCUACAGCCUCGACCUCAUCGCCGCCAUCGCGCGCAUCCUCAACAUGACCUUCGAGUUCCGCCUCGUGCCCGACUCGGAGUACGGCUCCUUCAACCCCAAGACGCAGAAGUGGACCGGCCUGCUCGGCGAGCUGCUCGAGAGGCGGGCAGAUCUAGCCAUCUGUGAUCUGACCAUUACGUAUGUCCGUGAGGAAGCCGUGGACUUUACUAUGCCCUUCAUGAAUCUAGGAAUCAGCAUCCUGUACAAAAAGGCGGAGAAGGCGGAGACGAACCUCUUCUCGUUCCUGGAACCGUUCUCCAUCGACGUGUGGAUCUACAUGGCGACGGCGUACCUGGGCGUGUCGCUGCUGCUGUUCGUGCUGGCGAGAAGCAACCCCCACGAAUGGGACAGCGGGCAUCCAUGCGACAAAGACCCCGAAGAACUGGAGAACAACUUCAACAUGGUCAACUGCCUCUGGUUCUCCCUAGGCUCCCUUAUGGGCCAAGGCUGCGACAUACUGCCCAGGGCCGUGUCGACGCGCAUGGUGGCCGGCAUGUGGUGGUUCUUCACGCUCAUCAUGAUCUCCUCCUACACCGCCAACCUGGCCGCCUUCUUGACAGUGACGCGAAUGGACGACUCCAUCAAGAAUGUGGAAGACCUAGCGAAACAGACCAAGAUCAAGUACGGAACCUACGCUUCUGGAUCUACUGCUGCCUUCUUCAGGGAAUCCAACAACUCCCUAUACCAGCGCAUGUGGACCGUGAUGAACCAGGCGCGCCCCAGCGUUUUCACAUCCGACAACAAGGAGGGCGUGGAGCGCGUGAAAAAGGGAAAGGGCGACUACGCCUUCUUCAUGGAGUCCACUUCCAUCGAGUACGAAACUCGCAAAAAUUGCGACCUGGUCAAGGUCGGCGGCCAGCUAGAUUCCAAAGGAUAUGGGAUAGCUUUACCACCAGGCUCGCCGUACCGCAAGAUGAUCAACUGGGCCAUCCUGAAGCUGCAGCAGGCCGGCGAGCUGAAGGUGCUGAAGAACCGCUGGUGGGUGGAGAACGUGCCGGACGGGUGCGCGGGGCAGGAGGAGGACGACUCGGCCGCCUCCGACUCCCCGGACCUCGACCUCACCAACGUGGGCGGCGUCUUCCUCGUCCUCGUCUUCGGCUGCAUCGCCGCCUUCCUCGUCGCCAUACUCGAGUUCCUGUGGAACUGCCGCAAGAUCGCCGUCGAGGAGAAGAUUUCAUUCACUGAAAUGUGUUUUCUGAAACAUUGA